UGACAAGUUGAGGGGCAAAUUAAGAGAUUAAGCAAGCCAGCAUACAUGACUAUUACAUCUGGGGCGCUGCCAGCGACGGUCAAUCACGAAUUGCACCAGGAGCACAAGCUCAGCCUGGUGGACAUGGCAAGCUGGAGCUUCAAUUGCGACGUGUGCAAGCAGCACGGAGAAGGGACCGCGCACUACCGGUGCGAGCCAUGCGACUUCGACGCCCACGCGGACUGCGCAACCGCUCCGGCCACCUUCAAGCAUGUCAACUACGCGGGCGACUUCGUGUUGUAUGACGCGCCCGACUCCGGCCACCCUCCAAUGUGCUGCGGCUUGUGUGGACUCGAGGUUCUCGGCUGCAGCUACUACAACCGCGAAGAGUAUGACCGCCUCCACCCCUCCUGUGCCUUCAUGCCUAGGCGUGUCAUCCAGGAUGGCCGCACCUUCCAGCUCGGCUACCACCCAUCUGGUACAUGCGCCAUGUGCAAGAACCCAUCCACGACGUCCUUGUCCUACCGCUCCAACUACGACGGCGGCCAGGAGGUGUACCUGCAUGUGCCAUGCCUCGUCGACAUCAACAACAGGCUAACCGGUUAUCCAAACUGGGUGGCCAGUGCGCCGAUCAGGCCAGGCGUGCUAAAGAGCCUUACCAGGAAGGAGGAGGGAGGGGAUCUCCUUACAUCUGGGACGCACCCGGAGCACAAGCUCAGCCUGGUGAACACAAAUCAAUUCCAGUGUGACGUGUGCACACGGUACGGGAAAGGGACGGCACACUACCGGUGCGAGCCAUGCGACUUCGACGCCCACCCAGAGUGCGCCACCGCUCCGGCAACCUUCAAGCAUGUCAACUACGUUGGUGACUUCGUGUUGUAUGUCGGACCUGGCUCCGGCGACCCUCAAAGGUACUGUGGCCUGUGUGGACGCGAGAUUCUCGGCUACAGGUACUACAACCGCGAAAGGGAUUGCCGCCUCCACCCAUGUUGUGCCUUCCUGCCGAGGCGUGUCAUCCAGGACGGCCGCGCCUUCGAUCUCGGCUACUACCCGUCCGGUAUGUGCGGCAUGUGCAGGAAGAAGUCGACGCUCUUAUUGUCCUACCGCUCCACCUACGACGAUGGCAAGGAGGUGUACCUGCAUGUGCGGUGCCUCGUCGACACCAACAAUAGGCUGACCGGCUAUCAAGACUGGGUGGCAAGCGCGCCGAUAUGGCCGGGCGUGCUGGGGAGCUUUACUAGGAAGAAGCAGGGAGGCGGUCUCAUGAAGGCUGCCAGCCUGUCCUUUGACAUCGCCCGUGCCGUACUCGAGGUGGCGAGUCUGGAUAUUGGGGGCAUCGCAGAAACUGCACAAACCGUGGCCGAGGCAUUCAAUAGUGAAUGAAAAAAGAUGAGGGUACGUCAAAGUUUAUUUUUUAUUUU